AUGUCUAGGAGGCCUCAGUUUUCACGUCAGGAUCUGGACAGCGAGGACGAAGACGCAUCUUUGAGCGACGCCUCUAACGAUUCCUUAUCAUCGCUUUCGUUUGGAGCUCUGUCUGCUGCUCAGAAGAAAAUAGAUGAAGAAGAUAAAAACUCGGAAUCAGAAUCAGACUCGGAUGGCGGCUUCUUUGAAGAACCAAGCAAAAAACACCACUCGCAGAAAACAAAGAAGAACAAGCACGCUCCCAGCGAGACGUCUGCGAAGAAGCCGGUUUCGAAAGUGCGAGAAAUUCCCGGGUUACUUGAUGGCACAAAGUACGCAAAGACAAAGUACCAUGACAUACGGUUCGACUCUGCAUUUGGAAAAGUGAAUGAGAGCGAGGUUCGGCGAAAUUACAAGUUUCUGGACGAGUAUCGACAAAAGGAGCUGGAGCAAGUGCAAAGUCUUUUAAAAGAUCCAAAGCAGCGCAACAAAUUGAGCGAAAAAGAGUUGCAGGACCUGGAUUAUAUUGCAAAGAGCACCAAGUCACGUUUGGAUGCGCUCAAAAACAAAGAUCUGGAGCGCGAGGUGAUCAAAGACUACAAAAAGAAGACAGGAAAGGAGUUUGUGAAGCGCAGCGACAAACGGAAGCUGGUCCAGGUUGCAAGAUUCCAGAACAUGAAGGGCAAGCAGCGUGAAAAGGUUUUGGAGAGGAAGCGUAAACGGAGGUUUGGAAAGGAGAUGCGGCGGUUUGAACAGAACUACGGUGACGCAAGUAGAUAA